UCUCCCUCCCUCCCCUCCCCCUCUCCCUUACCAUAGAAAGAAACAUGGCCCUGAUGCCCUGACUUCUCUGCGCCGCACGGGGUAUUUUCAUUAUUGCAAUUAACGCAGGGGAUGACAUUCUUUUAAUCUUGGGAAUAUACCUCUAAAAUGUUUUCAAGAGUUAGAAAGUUCCUUGAUACCAAGCAGCUUCUUAUAGCUGCAAGAAGGUUUGAAAACCAUGGAGCACCAACGCAACCCUCUGGAGAGGAUAAAUUGAAAACAAUUUUACAAAAAUCUUUCCCAAAUGCAAAAGUCAUAGAAGUUGUAGAUAUAUCUGGAGGAUGCGGAGCUAUGUAUGAUAUAACAGUACUUGCACCGGAGUUGAAAGGAUUAAGCAUAGUCAAGCAACAUCGAAUGAUAAAUGAGGUGCUGAAAGAAGAAAUUAAAGAUAUGCAUGGGUUGCGGAUCAACACCUCUGCGCCAUGAUAUUAUACUUAGGUAUUAGCUUUUAACUGUGUAAUAAGUGUAAAAUAAAGUUUGGUAGAGUAUGUCUACUCAAAUAUAUUUUGGGAAAAAAA